GCUCCCGGGGCCGGGCACAGACGUGUCGCUGGCAUGGCGGAUCCCGGUCGGCUGGAGCGGCUGGAGCGGCGCGUGCGGGAGCUGGAGGAGGAGCUGGCCCGGGAGAGGCGCGGGCGGGGAGCGGCGCGGGCCCGCAUCGACACCAUGAGCCCCGAGGUGACCGACUCCAACCCCUACAGUCGCUUGAUGGCGUUAAAAAGAAUGGGAAUUGUCAAAGACUAUGAGAAAAUCCGUACCUUCACAGUUGCAGUAGUAGGCGUAGGGGGCGUUGGCAGUGUGACUGCUGAAAUGCUGACAAGGUGUGGCAUUGGUAAGCUGCUUCUGUUUGAUUAUGACAAAGUGGAACUAGCAAACAUGAACAGACUCUUCUUCCAACCUCAUCAAGCUGGAUUAAGUAAAGUACAAGCAGCAGAACACACUUUGAGGGACAUUAAUCCUGAUGUUCAGUUUGAAGUACAUAACUACAACAUCACAACACUGGACAACUUUGAGCACUUCAUGGAUAGAAUAAGUAAUGGUGCACUGGAGGAAGGGAAGCCUGUGGAUCUGGUUCUAAGCUGCGUGGACAACUUUGAAGCUCGCAUGGCAAUUAACACGGCCUGCAAUGAACUUGGACAAAUCUGGAUGGAGUCUGGAGUGAGUGAAAAUGCAGUGUCAGGACACAUCCAGCUGAUCAUACCUGGUGAAUCUGCUUGUUUUGCGUGUGCUCCUCCACUGGUAGUAGCUGCAAAUAUUGAUGAGAAGACAUUGAAACGAGAAGGAGUUUGUGCAGCCAGUCUUCCUACAACCAUGGGUGUUGUGGCAGGAAUGCUUGUACAAAAUGUUCUCAAAUACCUGUUAAAUUUUGGUACUGUGAGUUAUUACCUUGGUUACAAUGCGAUGCAGGAUUUCUUCCCAACUAUGUCUAUGAAGCCAAACCCCCAGUGUAGUGACCACAAUUGCAGAAAACAGCAAGAAAAUUAUAAGAAAAAGGAAGCUGCAAGACCAAAAGAAGAAGUAAUUGAAAAGGAAGAAGAAAUAGUGCACGAAGAAAAUGACUGGGGCAUUGAAUUAGUAUCAGAAAUUUCCGAAGAUGAGCUGAAGGCUGCAUCUGGCCCAGUACCUGAGCUUCCUGAGGGAAUUAGUGUAGCAUAUACUAUCCCAGACAAGGAAGAUAAUUUAAUAACUGGGGAGACAGUAGCAGAUUCUGAAGAAAGCUUAGAAGAACUCAUGGCCAAAAUGAGAAACAUGUAGAAAAACAAAUAUUGACUACAACUUUCAUGAAUUUGGAUGGACACUGGAUUUUGAGAAGACCAGGCUUCUUGUUUUUUUUUCUUUUAUCUCUGUUAAAGCCUACCUUUAGCUUUCUGAUGAAACAGAACUGUUACAGAGGCAGGAAGGACACAGACUUACAUUGUUUAUAUUCUGUUUUCUCAUCAUGUCUUUAUUAACAGAGCUGUGCUACUAUAAAUUUUAGUUUCUCAGCAUUGCUAGUGUCCAGAUAUUCAGUGGCAAAUAAAAGGACCUGGAUAAACUAAAAAAGCAGGCACAGCACAUUAUAUACCCUAUCAUGUGAUGAGAAUAGCCCAGAGAUCAGGCCAAGGGAAAGAUGAAAUCUAUUGGAGUGGACUGAGUAGGUGAAGGGCAGAUGAUAAUGCCUCUCUCAUGUUGCUGCUCUUGAUUUUCCAGACACUUGUACUUGGUUGUCAUUCAUUGCUCUAAAGUCUUGGCAUGGAUCAUGCUGUGGCUACUUUUUCUGAGUAAUGAGAACAUCUAAGCCUUUUCCUUUGCCUUAAAUAUCUGUGGAAUGGAAUUUUCUUUAUCAAUGUCUUACUAAUGCUUGUCCUUAAACAGCUGCCUAUGUUUUUUAUGUGAUGUUUUGAGUAUACUGUAAGAAGGUGAAGUCUUUUGUUUGUAUUACAGUAGCAGACUGCAUAUCAGCACGCCACUGCUUUGUCUGGCAGAUGUUUUUCAUGACAAAAUUAUGAGCGACAUUGUAAAAAACUGGAGAUUCUGUCUACCUUUUCAAAAGUCUCAAUAUUAUAUUUUUCUUGGUUACUGGAAGUUUAGCUAUAAUUCUGAUCACUCCCAAUCACAUGAGUUAUAUUAAGGAACAUAAUUCUGAGUUUGCAUAGAAAAUCUUCUAAAAUCAGUUGCUAUAAAUUUUUAGUUUUGCAAAUAUCUUCAUUGGAGUAGCUCACCUAUUGUAUUUGUCUUAAAAACUACAUUAGUACUGUCAUAAAACUUUCUAAAUGGC